AUGAUCGCCAACGGAACUCUCACCCAUCCGUUCGCCGCGCAAACUUUUUGGACAUGGGAGUCGUCGUCUCCGGUCCUGCACGCCUUCACCGUUGCAAUUCUCACCACAAUCCUCUCGUAUCAGUUGACGGCGGCCAUAUUCGAUCUAUGUGUUGGCUUGAAGCCCGCAGGCUGGGUCUCUAUCCGCAACCUGUACGUGCAAUUGCUUGCAGAUGAAGCAUCCCCCCUUGCCAUUGCGGCAGCGCUGUUGCGCAACCCUACGCUCGCGCGGUGGCAUUUUCACGGCUUCAGGGCUGAGUGCCCAAACGCACUAGCCGUACAGGACACUCGCCCACGACAGAUCCCGUCCAUUGCGCCUAAGCUCUUGGUGCUGUUGCUGGUAGCUCCUGUCACCAAUCUGGUGGCCAUCGUGCUGAGCUUGGAACGAGACAGCGUGGUCACGUUUGAAGAGGCGAAAUUUGGGGGCGUCGCUUUCGGGGUGUCGUUUGACAACAACACAGAUGUAAGGGAAGAGCUUUUGAUGCCGUUGUGCACGCGAUAUGCGCAAGACGUGGGCAGGGGGGAAACUGCGCUGGCGAGCUUUUUAUUUUGUACGUACACGCAUCAUGGAAUACGACAGUCACCCUUUUCGCGCUCAAGGGUGCAGGUGGAGGUGGACCGGGCAGGGCAGCUGUGGAUGCGCGUGCUGAUGCAGGGGUCAAAGACAGAACAGUUCGGGUCUGCCGAGAUGGCGAUACAAGAGCGUGUGUACAAAAUCCGGACAGCGGUCACGGCGGACGACCUCAAAUCGGUGGUGGGGACGGGGCAGGACAUACUGAAGCGGACAUGUCGUGCGGCGACCACCGAGGCCGUGGGCGAUGCGGUGGUGACGGGGACACGAGAAGGGGGGAUGGUGGUGACUCAGCAAGCAAAGUGCACAGAGACGGGGAUGACUGCCUACGGGGCCUCAACAGCCGUUGCACACAUGACCCGCCGUCUGACACUGGUGGAAAGCGAGGAGCUGGAGGUGGCGCGCGUGGAGGAUGUGGAGGCUGGGGCGGUUCGUUACUUUAACGGGCGGGGGUUGUCGUAUGUGAGCAGGCACGAAACGUUUGUGAGCGUGGCCGUGCUGGGGCUCAUGACUGCAGCGGUGACGGCAGCAAGGCUCGUGGUCAAGAUGGUGACGAACAACGAUGUUUACGCGGCGGUGGAGAUUAUGGUCAAGGAGAUGGCCGCAUGGCCGUGUUGUGAUUCGAUGCUGCCGAGCAGCGACACGGUGCUGUACAGCGACAGGUGUCGCGUUGUUGCGGCGCAGAAUAAGUAA